AUGAUUGUCAAGACACUUCUCUCUAGUGCAUUUGUAUUAGCACUCAUGUCUAGCAUGGUACAAGCUCAAAUCGAUUACGACGACGUCAAGACACCCAAAAAUGCUGCAUGGCUUAAAGACGUUGACAUGAGUUUAGUUCCCAAGCUUCCCAUCCGUGCUGUUGGUUCCGGUGUGUGUCCUGAUUCAACUUGUGAUGGCACCGACAACGACGAAUGCUUUGAAAGCUGUGGCAAUGCGCCAGCACCUGAAGAUAUAUAUGGCUGUCCUCGAGAUCAUCAUUGGGCACUCACCUUUGACGACGGACCCAGCAACUACACCAGCGAGCUCUUGGAUAUGCUCGAUAAGGAGGACGUCAAGGCUACUUUCUGUGUGAUGGGUGCUCAUGUGGAGCAAUAUCCUGACAUCUUGAAGCGUGCUUAUGAAUCUGGUCAUCAGAUCGCAUCCCAUACAUUCUCGCAUCCUCACUUGAUGAGUUUAAGCAAUGAAGAGAUUAUCUAUGAAGUCAGAGCCACUGAAGAAGCCAUUGAAAAGGCCAUUGGUAUCAAGCCUCAUUAUAUUCGUCCUCCCUUUGGAGAAGCUGAUGCUCGUGUGAAGGGCCUCUUAAGGAGUAUGGGUUACAAGGUCUUGCUCUGGAAUGUGGAUCCCACUGAUUACGAUGUCUACAUGUUGCGCAAUGCAUCGUCUGUCAUUCAGGGUUCAUUCAAAAUGGCUGUUCAAGGAAACGAUACUGGCUUGAAUCUCCAUGAAGAUCCUGGAUUUAUUAGUUUGCAACACGACCUGUACAAGCAAUCAGUGGAUCAAGUUCCCAAAGUUAUUAAACAGCUCAAGGCAAAAGGCUACAAGUUUUUCACUGCUGCUGCCUGCAACAACGAUGAUAAUCCCCACACCAUCAUCAACGCUGAUGUUGCUGUUGCUCCUGCUGUUGUCAAAAUGAACGCUGCCUCCAGUGUUGCUGGUGUGCCCAAGUUGAGCAUGCAACUGCCAACUGCUCCAGCAUCUUCUUCGUCUUCUCCAUCUCCUUCAUCUGCUUCUAAAGCCAAGGCCUCUUCCGUGAUCAAGGAAAAGACGGCAAAGGCGACGUCUGAUUCAUUCAUGACCAAGUCCACGGCUAGUGGUUAUAUCUUGUCAUUCGCUACUUUGGUAGUUUAUGUCACCAUGUUCAUGUAA